CCAAUCUUUCAUCCCCAUCAACCUGACAUCAAUCUUGCAUCAACCCUCCAUCACCAUAAAGAACCAACUAUAAAUACCCCCUUGAUCACUGCUGCAUAGCCAUACCUAUCUCAAACCAUAUCUCCAACCAACCAAUCUACCAAACCAAAUCAACCCAUCCCAAGCUAAAAGAGCUACUACGCAGCAGCAACAACCAAAAUGUCCAACCAAUACGAACGUCAAGCCGAAGACCUCUACGAGGCCGAGAACGACCCGUCCCCGGUAUCUGGCACCUACCGGGAUAACUCGUACGCACACGAGACGCGAUCGGGUCUGAGGAACCAGGUCCCUGUGACUCGGGACGAUGAUAUCUAUGAGGAUCCGAUGCAGCCGCCUUAUUCGAAUACGGAUCAGCAGCUUGCUCAAGACGAAGACGAGGCCAUUGAUCAAAGUAAUGUGAUUAAGGGUAGGACGAGGGGCGCGAAGCCGCAGACUCAGAACCAGUAUAAUGAGGGCCCUGGUGAGGAUGAGUUGCCGGAUGAGGUGUUGUAUGGCAAUGUCGGGACUUCGAGUACUCGGUAUGCUUGAUUGAUUACGUCUUCUUCCGUAUAUCGUUGGAGUGUGGAUGAUGGGAAGGGUGUAUGAGUUAUGUUGUGGUUUUGUUUUUAUAAUUAUGGUUGAUGAUAUGGAUAAUUAUGUGAUAUGUGUAAAUUAUCUCUGGCAGAAUAUGU